AUGAGGGAAGUCAAUUUCAGCAUCCCCAAUGUCAACAAGGCAUCGGUCGGCAUCACCACCGCCUUGUAUGACCGCCGAGCUCUCGAUUGCACGUCGACGCUGCCGCUCAUCAAUUCUCUCAAUCAUCUCGCUUACCUGACCACCUCCUCGGCCCGGAUAAGAGAUAUCCUCACCGUCGAUGGAGGUGUCGAACGACUGGUAUGCCUUCUUAAGGCGGGGCGGAGUAAGGAUAUGAUGGACAUGUGGAAGUGGAAUCUGGCGUUUCAAUGCGUGGUGAAUAUUGGAGUCCGAGGGUCGGAGAAUGUGCGGACAAGAGUGGUGGAGGCAGACAUGGUUCCCGUCAUCGCUACAAUACUCGACAAUUACAUCAAAGUGGUUGACAGAUGUCGAGAGAAGGCGGAAGAAGCAAAGAAGGCACAAGAGCAGCGGCUCCACCACACCUCACGAUCGAGUGAGCACAGAAGCUCCCACAAGGGGGCCUCAUUUGGCAAUCGUGCCUCCCGGUUUGAAUCAGAAUUUCGAGCAUCUCGACGACAACCUCCGCCACCAUCUAUCGACAUACCUGCUGCAUUUGCGAACCCUCCUUUGACCGGUGGCUUGGAUGCCAUGGACACAACCCCGACUGGGCCUCAAUUCGCUGUCACAUCUCCUCCUGAGCGAACCACGUUCUCCGUCAAUCGACACCAUCACCACCACCACCAUCACCAUCACAGAGGUCAAGAUGCCCGACAACACUUCUUACCCCCGUCUCGACACAACAUCCAACCUCUUGCAACAGCAGUUCCAUCGAUGGACACAGCGGACGGAUUCAACAUCAGACCAGUUCGUGAUGUGGAUCGUCUGCCAUCAAUGGUUCCAGGUUUCCACGGCGGACUGACAUCGCAGCCUGAAUCUCCCACUACACCUCUUCCUCCUACUCAAAUGCGUUCCCCGACUGUUCGUCCCACUGCUCUGUCAGCACCAUCAAUCCGAUCACGAAGACGACCAUCAAUCCGACAUCAAGCAUCGCUAGUUGGAGAGUCGGAGGAUCCAAAUGCUGACAGCAUGGCAUCGGACGAAUCUGGGGAACCAGAGAUUUCCGCAGUCCCGGCGGAUAUUCAGACGACAGUCAACAUUCAGGACAUUACAAUGGAUGAGGGGGAUAGCAUGCUCACAGCUGUGGAGACUCCUCUGGGUUUGACAACACCGACCGUAUCCGAAGCACAAGAUGCAGGAACCUUCAACAUCACUCACCGGUCUCCUCUUGAUGGAAGCUUGAUCAACGACGCCACAACUCCCACUGGCCCAACAAUGGGUCUCUCACCUGCUCAACCAAUUGCUGCGAACACUCCACCUGUGAUGCCAAAUGCCACAAUUCCUCGAUAUCUCCUUGACCGUCCGACUCCUACAAACGGCCAAGUUCUUGCUGCGAUGCCACGGGAUGAGGAUGUCCUGAUGUCUUUGCAAUUACUCGCAUACGUCUCAAAAUACUGCAAUCUACGAUCAUAUUUCCAGCGCUCACAUCUCGUUCCGAAGCUCAAGAUCGGCUCGGAAUUACACCUUCUCGAUAUGGACGACACCAAUCCAUACUCGCCAUCCUCGUCCUCUCCCAUUGCUUCUGCCUGCGAUUCCGAAGAAGAGGAAUACCUCCUCCCAGACGAUUUCAAUAUUUUCCCUCUCGUCGAGAAAUUCACGGUUCGACACCAUAGCCAGGAUAUGCAAUACUGGGCAGGAGUUGUGAUGAGGAAUCUGUGCCGCAAGGACGACAGUCGAGGCGGGAUUAGACAGUGCGCAUACUAUCAAUGUGGGAAAUGGGAGGAGUUCACAAGACAAUUUGCCAAAUGCCGACGAUGCAGGAGGACGAAGUACUGCAGCAAGGAAUGCCAGAAGAGUGCGUGGGUCUUCCACCGACAUUGGUGUGUCGCUGCCACACAAUAG